AUGAAAGAUUUCCCCCCGCUUCCUGAAGAUUUUAACCUAUCGACUGACAAUGAUGAACCAAUUAGUGUCUCAGAAACAACAGUGGAGCGGCUACUACGUGCAAUCAGUGUUUCCAAAGCUAGCGAUCCUGAUGAACUCCCCAAUUGGGCACCUGCAAUUACUGAUAUAUUUAAUGCAUCCUUCCGUGAAUGCAAGGUGCCGAGGGUAUGGAAAAUAGCAGAUGUGCCACCUGUUCCUAAAGCCAAAAACAUUGCCGAUUUUAACAAGGACUUGAGACCAAUAUCCUUAACUUCAACAUUGUCAAAAAUUGCAGAAAACCUCAUCAUCGAGUAUGAAUUAAAAUCUAAACAACUACGAAAGAUGGACCCAAUGAUAUUUUGCUUUAUCCCAGGAUCAAACACGACUCUUGCGCUUAUUUCAAUGAUGCAAUUCCGUGGAAAAGGCUUCUAA